UUAGACAGCCAUCUCUUUGGCUGGCGCAGGCUCCUAGUCACGUCCUUCAGCGGGAAGUACGGAAGCAUCCAGUACUGCGUGAGGGCCGUCUUAGAGAGGCCCCGGCUCCCCGAGCAGAGCGUCCGGCGGGAACUCCAGGUGAUCAGUCACAUCGAUGUCAACACGCCGGCAUUACUCAGCCCCGUAUUUAAAACUCAAGAGAAAAUGGUUGGCUGCUGGUUUUUCACGUCGGGUCCCGUCUCGCUGAGUGCCAAAAUCGAAAGGAAGGGAUACUGUAACGGAGAAGCUAUCCCAAUCUAUGCAGAAAUAGAGAACUGUUCCUCCCGCCUGGUCGUCCCCAAAGCUGCUAUUUUCCAAACCCAGACGUACUUGGCCAGCGGGAAAACCAAGACCGUCCGGCACAUGGUCGCCAACGUGCGAGGAAACCACAUCGCUUCCGGGAGCACGGACACGUGGAACGGGAAGAUGCUGAAAAUCCCGCCCCUCCCGCCGUCCAUCCUGGACUGCUGCAUCAUCAGAGUGGACUACACCCUGGCGGUGUAUAUUCACAUCCCUGGUGCUAAAAAACUGAUGCUGGAGCUGCCCCUGGUGAUCGGGACGGUCCCAUACAACGGCUUUGCCAGCAGGAACUGCAGCAUGGCCAGCCACUUCAGCGUGGACAUGAGCUGGUGGGCGCUGGCGCUGCCGGAACAGCCCGAAGCACCCCCAGAUUACACGGACGUGGUGUCAGAAGAAGAAGUCUCCAGGCAUGGUGCUCCUUACCCGCGGCCGCCCAGCUGGGAGGGAGAGGCCCCCUGCCCCGCCUUCGCCUGCAUCCAGGACUUCCGGCUUCGGCCCCCACCUCUUUAUUCCGAGGUCGACCCGCAUCCCAGUCGCAUCGGGGAGGCCCAGCCUGUCUCCUUCAUCCUCUGAACACGCCUCAGAAGUCACUGUGACCCCCACCACAGAGCGCUGGCUCGCUCUCCGCUGCCUUUCCGGGACUGAGGGAGGGACGAUUCGCUUAAGAACAUAAAUAGGUCCACACCAAGGAAUUAAAAACUACGUGAACUUUCCAGGGCCCGACGGGACUGUUGCCCGAGCUGAUGGCAGGGCCGAGCGCCCCCGUGGAAGAGUGGGCGACCUUGGGAAGCCGCAGCAGCGUGUCACGGGAGUCCGGCUGGGGACCCAGUUGGCGAAGGGGCCUGGAAGGUGUGUGACGGGGCAGCCUGCCUCCCGAGGGAGCUCAGAGCGGAGCGAAGGGAUGCUAAGCUUCCGGGCGAUGUGGGCGCACUGGGAGGGCACUUGAUUUGGGAGAAGUUGGCAGCGCAGGGAUGUGCCGGCCCCGGGGGCCAGGGGUUGCCUGAUUCCUCCCCGACCCCCUAGGACUCAAGUCCAGGAAAGACCUUUCCUGAGGUCACGGUCCUGGGAGGUGAUUGGGCGUCCACUGUCCCCCGGGGCUGGUUCGAGACGGGGUUCGUAAGUGGGCAGUGGAGUAGGAUGCAAGGCAGCAAGCGUCCCUCCCGAGGCCUGUCAGUUCCAAGGGGAAAAAUGAACUUCAACCCGAAACCCGUCUGCGGAAGGCUGGGGUUUUUCCCUCUAUAAGCACCUGGACAGGAUACGUGUUUGGUUUCCCUCACGUCUUGUUUAUAGGAGCAUGUGAGAAAGAGAAGGGGAGGGGGGGAUGUUGCAUCCUUAGAAGGCCUUGAUAACUACUCCAGAAAGAGAGGAAAAGAAGGUCUUUUCCUAACCUACCUCUAGGGGCGAUCGGAUUGGUCUGAAACCUCGGUCUGACAAGUUUUUGGAGGGUCUACACGUGGCAGUGGGGUCUUACCGCACUCAUCACCGCCUCUGAAACCGCUCCAGGGGAAAACCCAUACAGUCAGCAUUGGAGGGAAGUUCCCGGAUAAACGUAUAUACCAAAGGGCAUUUCAAAAUAAACGCAAAGUCAAACAGGGUAGACAUGCCGUUUUUUUUAAAAGGCAUGGCUUUCAUUCCUGGCGGGAAGACUUCGUGGCUCCUGAUGACCGGCACCGCCUUGUACCGCGUCAGUCCAAUUCUUCAGUGAUGCUGUUGAAACUGUGAUCUCGCUUAUUGCUUUGGUGCAAUAUCUGAUGAGCAUUUAACCUCAGGACAGGGAGACCAGCAGGCUAGUGCUGCUGCUCACAUUCUGAAGAGUGUUUUUCCUCUUGCCCUGGGCCCUGGCAGUCCUGGUCUCAGGGUCCCGUGCUCUGUCCUCCCGUCUGUCGGUUCUGUGGACUGGGAGCGAGUCUGGACAGGAGGGGACGGGAGGUGGGGUUCCUGCGACGGAGAUUUGGGACCAGCCGAGGCCUUGGGUCUCCCCCAAAUCCUAGAAACCCCGGUGCUUCAUUCAACAGAACCGUUUACCUUUCAAUCAGUGUGUUCAGUGAGGAAUAGAAAAAAAUCUCUCUCCGGUUAAAUUCUGAAUUAAAAAAUGAGUCGGCCACCUGAUCAGGGAUUUUUCUACGGACAUUAGAUACUUGUAUGUUUUUUUUUUCACCACUCUAUUCUCCGUGGUCACGGAAGCCUCACGCGCAUGUCUUUCCGUGGGAGCCACUGUUUAAAACCCGCCAUGCAAGACGGUUACACCGACACGCGUGCGUGGGCCUGAAAUUGUCCCAGCGCGCUGUCCCUGCCUCAGUUUCCAACGGCUCAUUUUGGUGAUCACUGUGGAACAGGGAUAUGCGUUUAAGCACGGUCGAAACUGUUUCGGUUUUACUUUUAAAGAGAUCACCUUCUGCUACUGGUUGAAUUCUGAAUUAGUUCACGCGCCUCGUCCAGACUUGGUCCGUCCCCACGACACCCAGACACAGUGAAGAAUGAAGUAGAACAGGGAGGAGGAUGGGAAGGUCUGAGUGUUUGGCUCCAGACCAAAAAGCCACGACUUCCUAGCCUCUCCCCCCGGGGUUGCUUCUCUGCUUGGUUGGAGGAAUCAUGACACAAACCCAGAAAACGGAAGCGCAGCUGACAUAGCCCCGAAGACCUCAGAAGUGGGGUUCGCCCUUUUCAUUCCGAUCAGUGUGUCUGCCCUUCAGUGGGUAGAAAGAGCAUUCCUUCCCAUAUCAAGAGUUUAUGAAUGUAGUUCAUUCUACAUGGGAACAGAGAAUACUUGGCAAUGAAGGUAAAAAGUUAGCUAGCUGUGGUAUUUGCUUGCAUAGCUCCAUGUUUAGUUUCCAAAGAAACCAUGGCCUUAGAAUUUUCUUUCUGAUGCAAACAUUUUGCAGUUGAAAAUGUGAAACUUUUGGCACACACAAAAAAAUCUUCUGUGGGUAGAACUUUUUUUUUUUUUUCAAUAAGAAACUCAAUAGGCUGGGGGUUGUGUUUUUGGUAAGUUGGCAAUGAACGAUUUUUUAUUUUUAUUAUUAAAAAUGUAGCAAUUUAACCCACAGGAAAAAAAAAAACCACAAUGAAAAUUGUAUUUUGUACUCUUGUUUGAACCCCAUGGGUUCCUUUUGUUAAUAAAAUGAUCACACUGAU